UAAUCUCUGGUUGCAGAAAUAUAUAAAGUUUUGGUGGAACUCUUUAGUCUGCUUAUAGUGCCGUACAUUAGUCCAUACUGUUUAGUAUGUUAGUAUGCUUUUAUGUGCUUAUAGUGCCGUAUAUUAGCCAAUACUGUUUAGUAUGUUAGUAUGCGCCUAUGUGCUUAUAGUGCCGUAUAUUAGUCCAUACUGUUUAGUAUGUUAGUAUGCGCCUAUGUGCUUAUAGUGCCGUACAUUAGUCCAUACUGUUUAGUAUGUUAGUAUGCUUUUAUGUGCUUAUAGUGCUGUAUAUUAGCCAAUACUGUUUAGUAUGUUAGUAUGCGCCUAUGUGCUUAUAGUGCCGUAUAUUAGUCCAUACUGUUUAGUAUGUUAGUGUGCUUUUAUGUGCUUAUAGUGCCGUAUAUUAGUCCAUACUGUUUAGUAUGUUAGUAUGCUUUUAUGCGCGUGUGGAGGCGUAUAUUAGUCCAUAAUGUUAAGUAUGUUAGUAUGCUCGUAUGUGCUUAUAGUGCCGUAUAUUAGUCCAUACUGUUUAGUACGGUUGUAUAAAUAUGUUUUAUUCCCGCAUACUGUUUAGUACUUUAGUAUGCUCUAGUGCAAUUAUAGGGCCGUAUAUUCCUCCACACUGCUUAGUUUGCUAGUAUGCAGCAUUACCUAUAUGGAUUGGUACUGUGUUUUUACAUACUAUUUACUAAGAUAGUGUGCUUCGGGUCACUCCACGCUUUCUGACGCCCGCUAGUUUCCUGCCUGCGUCAUCAGCAACCUACAGCUAAGCAGCCUCCUGUCAGAGUGCCGCUGUGUGCUCUCAGUCUGAGGAGAAACACUGACGGCAUGAACGAUUUUCACGAAAUAUUGCUAUGUCUCGCCUGGUAGCUAUUUCGUGACAGCAUUAUUUAUUAAGCUGGGCAGCGAGGGAAGAAGGCUGGCGGUAUUAAUGUCCUGUUUAGCCUUGCCAAGCUAUGCUAGCUGUGUGACUUGGUAGAUUGCUAGCCUCAAGCUAACAAUGCACGAGAGAAAAUCAUAAAAGCGACAGAAAGCGGUGCAGCGCCCAAAUCCCGGCUGGAACACCAUGAAUUUUGUCCGGCUCGUGUGCCGCCAUAAGACUGGCCUGGUGCUGGGUGCCCUCUGUUUCUUCGCCACAGUCCUCAUUUUCCUCGCCAAAUGCACCUCAGAGACGUUGAAACCUCCCGACUCUCCUGGCUCUGCACCACGUGCCCAACCCCGACCCGAGCGCCCAGCUUCACCUUCUGACGCCAGGGAGAUCUCGGCUUUCCUGGUGGUCCUCAUCACCACGGGUCCAAAAUACACAGAGCGGCGCAGCAUCAUCCGCAGCACCUGGCUUUCCAAAACUGACCCUGAUGUGCUGGCUUUGUUCGCGAUUGGCACUGAGGGCUUGCCAUCCGAGGACAUGCGGAAUCUAGAGACGGAGCAGAUGCGUCACGGAGACCUUCUCCUCCUCCCUGAACUCCGUGACUCCUACGAGAACCUGACACUGAAGCUGAUUCAUGCCUACUCGUGGCUCGAUCAAAAACUGGACUUCAGGUUUGUCCUGAAGGCCGACGAUGAUACGUUCGCCCGUUUGGACCUGCUCAAGGAGGAGCUGAAGGGUAAGGAGCCCAGACGCCUUUACUGGGGCUUUUUCUCCGGCCGAGGCCGCGUCAAAACGGCCGGGAAGUGGAAAGAGAGCGCUUGGGAGUUAUGUGAUUAUUACAUACCGUACGCUUUAGGCGGUGGCUACGUGCUUUCGACAGAUUUAGUGCGCUAUGUGCACUUGAACUCUGCUUACCUGAAGACGUGGCAGAGCGAGGACGUCUCUCUGGGCGCCUGGCUCGCACCUGUCGAUGUGAAGCGGAUGCAUGACCCGCGCUUCGAUACCGAGUACAAAUCGAGGGGGUGCAGCAAUAAGUAUCUGGUCACACACAAGCAGAGUCUGGAGGACAUGCUCGAGAAGCACCAGACGCUGCAGAGAGACGGACGUCUGUGCAAAGAGGAGGUAAAGCUGCGCCUGUCGUAUAUUUAUGACUGGAACGUUCCGCCAUCGCAGUGCUGCCAGCGGAAAGACGGUAUCCCCUGACUUCCCUGAGGAUGUCACACACAUUCAUUGUUAUAUUUUGUGGUCCGUGCUUGACCAGCCAGCAGCUUACUUGGACUUACUUCACACGAUUAGACUCUAACAAUCCUCUUCUGUAUGUUUGAAGAGUUCCUUUUAAAUCCAGGCGUGAAUAUGUCAGAGCUAGAAGCUGAAUGGAUUUGCAGAUUAUGGGCAACAUUAAAUGGACAAAAAGCAUUGUGGAUCAUAGUUACAACUUGGGAGACAUUUAUUUAAUAUGACUUAUUAUUUAUUUGGAUUGUGCCAAUGCAAUGAGCAAAGCUUAACUGGAACAAAACAUUGCUCAGAAGCAGAAAAAUCACAACAGAAAUGGAUUUGUAUGUUUGCAUAUUUCAACUGUUGUAUAAUUUCAUUUCCUCCUGCAUCUCUUCUCCUAAUUUUAUGAUUAUUAUUAUUAUUAUUAUUAUUAUUUUACACUAACAGACAACAGUGCUCACUUCACACUCGUUGUAUUUCAGCUAGCUUUUAAAAAUACUGCAGCAGGCAGUAUUGUGUACAUGAAAUGUUUUCAUUUGCCUGUUUUUAUUUCAAUUUGGAAAUACCAUCAGCUGUAUUAAUAAGACUCUGAACUCUGUUACUACUGAGCCACAGAUUAUACCUCCAUCGUGUUAUCCUAUCAAACGUUCUUGCCGCGCAGUGCAUCUCUGAUCAUGUUAUUUUAUGAUAAUAAAAUG